UGCACUUGACAUUCGAGCAGAUUGAAGAGCAGAGCAAGCGAAACCAGCUAGGGAUGACGGAUCACCCAGCCUUGGUAGCACGGCACACAGCAAGGGGAGGUGGUGGCGCGAGCUACUACUAAUCAGGGCCAACGGGGAGAGCCAGCUCGACUAGAUUCAUUCGUAUUAGGACCAGGGACGAGGUGAGAUUGCAUUCUCGUACGUGACCGAGCUGCAGCCUCGUUGUCAAUCUCGCCCCUUUUUUCCUCGGUGUUUGACGUCGCCUAGACACUAAUGCUGCUUGCUGCCUUUUUCUCCAUUUGCUGGAAAAGCGGAGGCUGCUGCUGCCGGCGUUCGUGGCGGCGGGACUUAGGCGGCUCUUCUGGUCGAAUCGGGCGAAACGAGGUUGCGGUUGACACUCAUCGAGCCUUUUUCGCUGCUGAGAGCGAGGCAGCCUCGCCCACUGCCAGUCGUCUCCCGGUCUGCAAUGCCGGCCACUUGUCAAGUCUCCACGCCGCCGCUUCCCCCUCCUAAUCGCUUUGGCUCAUUGCUCUUUGUUGGCCAGACCCUGAAUCCGAGCCCCGUCCUUCUUGCUUGCUCGCUCGCUCCCUUCCCAUUGAAUACCAUUGUC